UUACCAAAACAAUAUGAGCCCCAUGUCAGCAAUGAACGAGCAAUAUGAGUGUGCUCAUUCCACUGGUCCCUACAUACCAAUAUCCGAGUGCAUUACUGGAGUUAGAGCACAGGACACUCAGAGAGCGUUCACUUUUGAUCCGAAGAACAUAGUAAUGAGUACUCGGACACCAUUUGAUCGGUCAGACAACAGGAACUACCAGAUGUAUAUGAGCCAGCCUCACAUAAAAUUAAAUAAUACAGAGUUUUCGGAAAAUGAAUCGAACCUCAGCGAUGAAGAGUGCAAAUCGCUUAAUGCUAGUCAAUCUAAUAUAAGAGAUUGGUCGGUUGCGAAGACUUUUACAAAAUUAGCGAUAAGUCCAAACCGGAAUGGUAUAUCGAGUGAAGGUCCACCUGUACCGCCACGGCCACCAAAAACUUUAAUAAUGAGUAGAGAUUUGAUACAAAAAGACCCUUUCCAUGGACCUAAAUUUCAAGAGCCAAUUGAAUCGCAGGAUACUAUUUCGCCCCAGCAGAUACUACGACUGCCGAAGCGGCAUGGCGCUCCACCUUCCCCUGGCCGGGUGCCUCUAACGCCAAAUACGAUGCGGCAGUCAGACGACGAAGAAGAACGCUCGCCUGGCUAUCAGUCAAUGCAAUAUUGCAACCUCCCGCCGAGCCUGCCGCCCGCCGUAGACCGCGCACUCAAGCCUCGCCACUCGAGUCACAUCAUCCACUUCAACCAUUUCGGUGGACAUACUUUGCAACUGUAUCAGGCUGAUGAUUCUAAAGCUGACGGCCUUCAAUAUUUAGACCUGGAUCUUCAUCCCACGAAACCUGUUCCUUCAAAGCCUCAAGAAAUACAUCACAAGAAACUUAAUAUAGCUCACGGAAAGUCGCUCUCGGCUGUCAAUACCUAUUCUGCAUAUAAAACUGUAGAUUUCGUAAAAACCAAGGCUUUUAACAUCACAAGACAGGAUGCAGAAGCUUCCAGAAGCAAUCAGCAAUAAACCAAUAUCGAUAACCAGGUAACGUUGAAACGUGUUUAUCGACAAUUAUUAAAAAGACUACAAUUUGUUCUAAAAAAAAAAAACCAAUCUUAUUUAUAUUGUGAAUACGCAUUUCUACUAUUUAAGAUAAUUUAGGAGAAAAGUAUGAUAUCAAAUUUUGUAUUUUUUAAGCUUUUUUACGUAGUUUGGUCAAUGAAGAGGGUCUACA